AGACCAUUGCAUUCCACGUGGCGCUCAAUCCUCAGACCACUGUUUAAACCAGGGCGCAAACACUCGCUCCAAGUGUCGGCGACUUCCAAAGACACCAUCUGAAUGGCGGAUGUCGUCGAGGACGUGACUGAUGCCCUGGUGAAGCAGCCCGAUCAAGGCCUGAAGCAAACCGCCAAAGACUUAUUCGGAGGCGCUGUAGGUGGUGUUGCACAGGUAUUGAGUGGCCAACCAUUCGACAUCGUCAAGGUCCGACUCCAGACCACAACCAACUACAAAGGCGCGCUAGACUGCGCCUCCCAGAUCCUCAAAAACGAAGGCGCCGCCGCCUUCUACAAAGGCACCCUCACCCCGCUCAUAGGCGUGGGAGCGUGCGUGUCGGUGCAAUUCGGAGGCUUCCACUACGCCCGCCGAGCAUUCGAAGCCCGAAACGCCGCCAAAGCCGGCAUCUCCCCGGAAGAAUCCGCGCGGAAUCCGCAACCGCUCUCCUACGGCCAGUACUACGCCGCCGGCGCUUUUGCCGGUAUCGUCAACACCGUCCUCUCCUCGCCCAUCGAGCACAUCCGUAUCCGACUGCAAACCCAACCACAUGGAGCCGGUAGACUCUAUAAUGGACCAAUAGACUGCAUCCGCAAACUCUCCUCGAGCCCCAACGUUGCCAAGGGCCUGUACCGCGGCACCGCCGUAACGUUCCUGCGGGAAGCGCAAGCGUACGGCUGCUGGUUCCUGGCGUUCGAGUACCUGAUGCAAAGCGAGGCGAAGCGCAACAACAUCAAGCGCGACCAGAUCCCCACGUGGAAAGUGGCGCUGUACGGCGGGUGCGCGGGCGAGGUGCUGUGGAUCUCAUCCUACCCGCUCGACGUCAUCAAGUCGAAGAUGCAGACGGAUGGGUUUGGGGAGCAGAUGCGCUACAAGAGCAUGCGGGAUGCUUUUGCGCAGACGUGGAGGCAGGAGGGCGCGUGGGGGUUUUGGAGGGGGAUCGGGCCGACGUUGCUGAGGGCGAUGCCGGUGAGUGCGUGCACGUUUGCUGCGGUGGAGAUGACGAUGCGCUUUAUCAAUUGAGAGGUGGGACAAAUGUGCAGAUGGAUAUGCCUCUGCGUGGGCUCAUCAUGUUGAUGGCAUCUAAUUACAAAAACUAGAUA